AUGAAAUGCUACCCUGUCAUGGAGAGUUACGCUGCGGCGGGAUGUAACGGCACGGACUGGGUGGGUUAUCAGCGUAGAGGCCAAGGAGAGAUGGAUUCAUCUUAUGGUAACUUUGGCUAUCCCCAGGCAAGGAGCUCAACAGAGAGUCCCAUGUACAGGGUGGCAGACAGCAGCAGUUCAAACGGAGGAUCUAACAGCGGAGGCGGGGGUGGCUUCGACAGGAAUCCAGAGAAGUCAUCCCUCCCUUUUAAUCCUCAGAAACAGUCCACAAUGCCAUCAGAUCAGCAGCAGCAGAGAAAGUACAGCAACCAGGCAACAGGUGGGCCGCUGACUCCCCCGACCUACGUUUCCUCCACCCUGGGGGGCUCACGCUCAGCAGACUCUCUUGCCAGCUUCACUUCCCCCUCCCUUAGUGAGCAAGGUGCUGAUGAUCACCGCCUCCAUCUUUCCCACUCUGCUCCAGGGCCUACCUCCUCUUCCUCCUCUGCGUCGUCCCGUCCUGCUGAGGAGCAAUUAAAAACCUGUGACCCUCACCUCCUGGACCUUGUGACCUCAGAAAUCAUUCAGCAGGGCCCUCCUGUGGACUGGAGUGACAUUGCAGGUCUAGAACUGGCCAAAGUUACCUUGAAGGAGGAGGUUCUGUGGCCAAUUCUGCGCCCAGACAUGUUCAGUAGUUUAGGACUGGCCCCUCGCUGCUUGUUGCUGUUUGGCCCGAGGGGCAGUGGCAGGACGUUGCUGGGCCGCUGCCUUGCAAGUCAGUUGGGGGCAACAUUCCUCCAGCUCAGCGGCUCCACUUUGGCCACCAAGUGGCUGGCUGACGGAGAGGAAAUUAUCCGUGCAUCAUUCCUAGUGGCCCGUUGCCGGCAGCCCUCGGUACUCUUCAUUAGCGAGGUGGACAUGCUCCUGUCAGCCCACAUCAGUGAAGAGAGUCCAAUCACCCAACUAAAGGGGGAACUACUAACCCAGCUGGACUCUAUCCUUAUGAGCUCAGGUGAAGACAGAAGCAACCAAGUCUUAGUUAUUUGCUCCACAAGCAGACCUCAAGACAUGGACGAAGGCCUGCGAAGGUACUUUACUCGGAGGGUACUAGUGCCCCUACCGGACAGCGCAGCUCGGCACCAGAUCAUGAACCAGGUCCUGGCGCAAUCCCAGCACAAAUUCUGCUUAAGCGAGGAGGAGCUGGCACUACUGGUGCAGCGUACCGAGGGCUUCUCUGGACUGGAUUUGGCCAGACUCUGCCAGGAGGCCCUUGUAGGUCUGUUACACGUCUCAGCACAGGGCAUGGACAUGACGGGCAUGAUGCCCCGGGGCCAGAUCAGGCCCCUCACCUACCAGGACAUUGAAGGUGUCUGUUGUAAAUUCCAAGCCAGUAUAUCGCAGAAAGAGAUUGACACUUACACUGAGUGGAACAAAAUGUUCGGCUGCAGCCAGUGAACAAAUAGGCACUGCCCUUGAGAAAAAGAGGCUUCCACAAUCCCUCCCCUCAGGGCAUAAGCAUUGUGCUAGAGGGAAAGGCCCACAGAAGGCCGACACGAGCCCGCUGUGUCCUCAGAGACCUGGUUGGACGUGACAACAAGCAAUUUUGCAGUUGAUGAGAGAAAUUUAAUCCCAAUGCUUGACAAGCCAGGCACCGUUUACACAUUUCAAGCAAGUCAGCUUAGACGCCCUAGUGUCCGUGUACAUAUAUUGUAUGUCGUCGUUCUUGAGAUUAAGUUGGCUAUCCAAGUGCCUGAAGUGGUGCUUUCUGAGUUCUCUUAAUUUGCCUCAUAAUCUAAAUUCAUGGCAUGAGCUGAUGAUUAUUAAGAGCUUUAAACCUUCAGCAAAGCGUCUGAAAAACAGAUUGACAGUUAGCGGCGGGGGCCGUUAUUCAUCCUUUUUUUUGUCUUUUGUUGCGGCAAUCCAUUGGGGUGGCAGGAGUCUGGGCCCCACGUCGCGUGUCUGCAAAGCAAACAAACAAACAUGACUAACAAGCAAAUAACACUCAGGAAAGCAUUUGUAAAUUGUACAGUACCUUGGGAAAUCUCAACAAAAAGCACUAAGAUUUGAGAAGAGAAUCUUUCACAUUUAGGUGGACCUCCAGGGGCUGGGAUAAAAUCACAAAGAGGUGACGAUGAAUGUAUUCGAUGUGUUCUGAUCGGUGGAACAUGAUCUGCAGUGAGAGUAAAGCAUUAUGUCUUAGUUACCCGAGUCCUCUGGACCAAUCCUGAAAUGUAUCUCCUUCGUUCUUCAAAAACUCUUAAUACCAUUCUGCUUCACAGUGUUGUUGGAGAUUUUCGAAGCAGGCAGGUGUGCUGAGGCUGUUAGGUGUUGUAGAUAAACAUUGUUCAUAUAACACAAUCUAGGCUGUGUGGUAAUGCUGCUUCGAAGCUGCAUCAGUUCAUCGGGCAUUUAUUUAUAUUUUUUUUUGUCAUACUACUCGUAGGAUUGCUCUAGGAUGUAGAGAAGCAUUCCAAAAAAUCUAAUUUGAAAAUAUACAUGUGAGUUUAAUGGCUAAUUGUAGCCACAUGUGGGACCUAAUCUUCCAACUCUUGGAAUGAAGUAAAGCGCGUUAUCUUUCAAAAUAAUUAUUAUUUGAACUUUUUCACAAUUUGUCAUAUUACAAUAAAUAGUUCUGAGCUAAAUCUGAAAAGUGUGGCAUGCAUUUGCAUUGAACCCUCUUUAAAGUGAUACCCUUGAAUUGCCUUCAGAAGGCACCUAAUCAGUGAGUAGUCCACCUGCGUGUGAUUCUCUCAUUAUAAACGCCGCUGUUCUGUGAAACCCUCCCUCCAGUGAAACACAGCGGUGCCAGCAUCAUGCUGAGGGGAUACUUUCCUUGAGCACGCACAGGAAAGCUAGCCUGAGUUGAUAGAAAAUGGAGGUAUAAUAUUUAUUUUAGAAAAAGUGGCAGUACCUAGAGGUGUAAAGCAGAUGUAGAGGGAACCCCAAAUGCUUUAAUUACAGUGAAGACUGGUUCUACAAAGCAUUUACCCAAAGGUUGAAUUAAAAAUGCACGCCACACUUCUCAGAUAUUUACCUGUAAAACAUUUUGAAGACCAUGUCAGUUUCCGCCCACCUCACAAUUAUUGCUGGUUUAUCUCAGUAAAUUACAUUCAAGCUUGUAGGCGUUGCAGAAUGUAAAAGAAUUCUAGGGUGUGAAUACUUUGGCAAGGCCAUGUCCUAAAAUACAAAGUUACCAUUAGCAUAACAUCCAAGAUGAUUUCCUGUAUCACUUAUAAGACGUAUAAAAUUAAUGCUUGAUAUUAUUUGACAUGAUUUUGCACAUUUUGCUUUGAUUUCUGUCAACCUCCAGGAAGCUGAUGUUUGGUGUCUGUAGUCUAAAGUCCAGGUGAAAUGCCACAUACAUGGCUUGUUUUGCUGUCUCUAAUCUUUCUGUAAAAAAAUGCUACUAAAGUUUAAAGCAUAAAAAGGAAAACAAGAUGCAUUCAUCCACCUGCCUGUUUAUGUUUAUUAAAAGUCAGCUGAGUUAUACUAACUGGUUAGGUUGAUUUGAUUUAGGUCGCUUUCGUUAAAAUUACAUUUGAACAAUGCUAGCAGUAUGAAAAAGAGGAAAGUGAGGGAAAGAAAUGGUUGUCCAUAUGUGUUUGGGUUCUUAUUUAAACAAAAAAUUGGAUUAUUUGCAUUCAGCGCUGGUAGAGAAAUAUACAUUGGUAGGAUAGGAUUCAUUUCAAAUGACAAUGUAAUGUUUUAUUUUUUUUAUUUUUACACAAAACCGAUAUAGAGAAUGGAGUACAAACAAAACGGUGAUCUCAGUUAGACAAACUUUACAUCAUGGGUUCCAGCCUUGAUUACAGUAAUUACAUUAAUCGGUAACGUUUGAUCUGCAGUGUCUAUAGCGUUAGAUACAACCGCUGCCAUGUGGGAGUGUAAAGAUUACCACGCGUCAUUAAACCCAUUUUGAUGAACUCUUCUUUAGAUGAGCAUAAUAAUAGACCGCAGUGUAAAUGUCAGGUUGCAUUCACGAUAAAAAAAACAUUUAUUUAUUGUUUGACGACCACAAAUAAACCACCCAUGUUUCCCAAAUUACUAUCUUGAUGAAGUUUCCUUGUUACCGCUACAUAUUUUAACGUAUUUUGUUGUGAUUUCAUGUGGUAGAGUAACACAAAGUGGUUCAAACUACUGAUUGUAAAGCAAAAGGAAAAGCAUACAUGCUUUACAAGCCAUACAGGAGACACUGCAAACGUGUCAGAUGCGAUCCAAAGGAAUCUACAUGCAAAACAUUGAAUGGGGUGAAAAAAUCAAACCACUAUCCCCACAGUAAAAUACGGAGCCCCUAAAGGGACACCGAAGAGGAAUAAAAAAAUAAUAGUUUCUCGUGCGCACUAGAUAGUUUCUCGUGCGCACCACGCAGUAUAAAGCUUGUUACUCCACAUUACUCCAGACUUUUUGAAUUGAGAAAGCUUCCUGGAGAGGAAGCGAAACGUCUUCAACUACGGAAAACAAGUCCAGUUACUUUGUUUUUUACUUUUUUUGGAAUGAAAUAGACCACAGGACUUCAGGAUACGUUUUAUGUGACGUUCGGACACAACAUAACUGUGACGUCUUGCAAGCAAUGCAGCAAUGUCUUUGUAUGGUAGCCCAAACUAAAAAUAUAGCGCAAUUAGUUCAUCUACAUCCAUUCUAAUGUGCACGAGAAAGAAUCUGGUGCGCAUGAGAAACUAAGUGGUGCGCACAAGAAACUAAGUGGUGCGCACACGAAACUAAGUGGUGCGCACGAGAAAGUAUUAUUUUUUUAUUUCUCUUCGGUGUCCCUUUAGGGGCUCCGUAGUAAAACACAGUGGUGGUAAUAUCACGCUGUGGAUAUGUGUUGGAAUCAGUGGUAAGGAGGAAAACUAGGGUCCUUAGAUUCAAUUUGAGUGAACUUUGGUUGUUUUGGAAUCGGAAAAAGAAAAACCGCCUGAAAAAUGUUGAUGUGCAAAGCUGGUAGGACCAUUCCUCAAAGGACUUUCAUCUGCAUUUACAGUCUUUAAAAAUAUUGAUUCAGAAGGGCUGAAUAGAAAUGUGCGUCACACAGAAAAAAAUGAAAAAGGCAUCUAUGCUUUUCCUUCCGCUUCCCAAUUCUGCACCGCUUUGUGUUGGUCCAGCAGAUAACAUCCCAUCGUUUGACGAAAUGUGAGGAAGUUCUAGGGCUGUGAACACUUUAGCAACCGUUGUCAGUUUGAUUUAUUAGUAUUUUUCACAUGCCAGCAAGCAUUUUGCGGUGAUGCCAGAGGAGAAACUAGCACAAAUCUUUGAGGCGCUUUAACACUGCGAGUCCUCAGCUCCCCACUGUCUUACAUUAAACGGACCACAUCCUCUCCUUGCCUCUAUGCAGGAAGCUCCACUGGGAGACCGUGGUUCUGUGCGCAUUUCCUCCUGAUGUCAUUCAAUAGCUGCACUUUUUUUUGUUCGUCGGGACUUCAGCUAAACAGUUACUGAGUGUUUUCUGUAGCGUCUGCUCGGGCCCACUUCCAUGAGCACCGUCAGUGCAGCACCUGACGUAGAGGCUGGGAGAGGAGGAGAGUUCUGCUGAGCAUCAGCAAAACCGACGGCAAGGAAGAGAGACAGGCAGGCAGCGUGGCAGCGGCACAAGAGGGGGGGAAAGCAAAGUAGUCCGUCAGAAAACCACCCUCAAAACAAUCUGUGCGAGAAUUCCUUCUGUCAGCAAAUCCUCUGGAGAAAGAGUCUCUUUGGACAGGGAAAAAAAAAAAAAACACUAAUGUACUUCAGAGCACACAACAGCAGCGCAGGCGUUCCCUUGUUCUCCCCUUGUUCUCCACAGCGGACCGACAAACGACUUGAAACGCUGCGGUCAAUGCUACGCUUUGGUUCUAACGUGCUCUGUGAUCCUCCACCCUCUGUUUUUUUUUUCUUCUUGUUUUCCCUACAUGCCGUUCCAGCCCAAGUCUUUUUUUUUUUCUCUCCCCUCCCUUUUUAAAUUGUGUUAUUUUAAGCGUUUCUACCUCAUAGCUACAGAACACCUGUGCUUUCUGAUCUAUGUGUUUCCAAAUAUCAACGUUUCUGAGAAAACUCCUAAAAAAAAUAAAUAAAAAAAGACAAAGAACAGGAGAGGAUGCCACCAUAAAGUUUGCGCAGUCUACCUCAGAUGACUGUACUUAAAACAUUUAGCUGAUGGUGCAACCGCAGGCUGCAGCAUAGCCUAGACUGUACGCUUGUGUGUGUGUGUCACCGUUUGUCCGAUCCGAGCUAUUUGCAGCACACACACACACACACACACACACACAGACUCAUGAUGCGGACGUGAAGAAGAAAAAAAAAAAAGAGAAAAAAAAUAUCCUUGCAAGCAAUUUGUUAGGAGUUGGGGUCAACUUAAAAGCUUAAAGGUGACCUGAAAAUGUAUAAUCCAAUACAUUUGCUUUAAUCCUUUGUGAACUACUGUGGUUGUGCGCGUGCGAAUGUGUAUAUACGUGGACACACUAUUAUUAUUUUUUUUUUUUUCAUUUAGUGUGUUGAAUUUUAUAAAUUGUUAGUAUAUAUAACACACUUGCACAACUUUAAACCAGAGUGUAACGUGUUUCUGUUGUACAUACCUAUACAUACAAUACAAAUGCACCACUUGUUUAUAUGUGUGAAUAUGUUGCCAUACUUGCAGUCAACUUAAAUGUAUUUUCAUGUAAUCUGAGGUACAAACAGCAACAAACGAUUCAUUAAAGACGUUUUCUUGGGA